GACACCAGGUCCUGCUCCCAGCCCAUGGCAUGGAGGGAAAGGUGGACAAUCAGCAGAGUGUGGUGAAGCUGGUGGCCGCGUUCGAAGAGCACUGCAGGAACAGCACAUCUGCCCAGAGGGACAAGCAGGCAGGCAGCCAGCCCCAACAGCUUCCAACAUUCCCUGCCAGCCAGAGCUGCUCCCUGACUACAGAAGAGAAUGAGGAGGAGAAGGAUCAGCAAGGUCGGCGUGGACUCAGCUUCAAAUGCCUCAGUUCUUUGCGAUACAAAAUCCGUGAGGAUGACUGGAGGAGGCCACAGGGCCCAGGCCUGGAGCCUGGCAGCCAGGAACCAGAGGAAAAGAAAAUCGCACUGGAGCUGCUGGAGACAGAGCAGGCUUAUGUCAACCGCCUCCACCUUCUUGACCAGGUGUUCUAUACAGAGCUGAUGAAAGAAGCCAAAACUGGGAAGAUGGUCCCAGAGGAGGUGGUGAAAAUGAUCUUUUCCAACAUCUCCUCCAUCUACCAGUUCCAUGCUGAGUUUUUCCUGCCAGAGCUGCAGGAGCGCAUGGAGGAUUGGAACUGCAACCCCCGCAUUGGGGAUGUGAUCCAGAAACUUGCACCCUUCCUCAAGAUGUAUGGGGAGUAUGUGAAGAACUUUGACAAGGCCAUGGAGCUCAUCACUGCCUGGUCAGAGAAAUCACCGCCCUUCCAGGAGCUCAUUGCUGACAUCCAGAAGAGGAAGGUCUGUGCUAACCUGACGCUGCAGCACCACAUGCUGGAACCUGUGCAGAGGAUCCCGCGCUACGAGCUCCUCCUGAAGGACUAUGUCCGGAAACUCCCGCCCCAGUCCCCCGACAGGGGCGAUGCUGAGAAAGCCCUGGAGAUGAUUUUUAUGGUGGCCAAGCACUCCAAUGCAGCUAUUGCUGAGAUGGAACGGCUGCAGAACCUCUGGGUGGUCUAUCAGAGGCUGGGCCUCGAGGAUGACAUCGUGGAUCCCUCCAACGAUCUGAUCAAGGAGGGACCUAUCCAAAAAAUAUCCACCCGCAGCAACAGCACAUCGGAGAAGUACCUGUUCCUGUUCAACAAUAUGCUGCUGUACUGUGUGCCCAAGAUCAUCCAGGUGGGCGCCGAGUUCCAGGUCCACCUCCGCAUGGAUGUGGAGGGCAUGAAGGUGCGGGAGCUGAAGGACACCGAGUUCCCUCACACCUUCCUGGUCUCGGGAAAGCAGCGGACGCUGGAGCUCCAAGCCAGGUCUGGGGAGGAGAUGAACGCCUGGAUCAAGGCCUUCCAAGAUGCCAUUGACAGGAAGGAGAAGAGGAGUGAGACCUUUAAGACAGCAGUCCAUGGACUGGAGACAGACACCCCUGCACUGCAGACAGAGGAGCUGGGCCGCCGAGCCCCACAGUGGGUGCGGGACAAUCUGGUCACCAUGUGCAUGCGCUGCAAGGAGCCCUUCAAUGCCAUCACCCGCCGGAGGCACCACUGCCGAGCCUGUGGAUAUGUGGUGUGUGCUCGCUGCUCCGACUACAAGGCCGAGCUGCAGUACGAUGGGAACCGCCCAAACCGCGUCUGCCAGGAGUGUUUCAUCUUCCUCACCGGCCGCACGGUGCUCGAGGACCGCGAGGGGAAGCACAAAGGCAUCCUGGAGAAAGGAGCUGCAGAGGUUUCAAGCAGGAGUUUGCUCUGCAGUUCCCUGCAGCUGCUAGAUAAGAACAGCAAGGGGGGCACACGGGGCUGGUUCGUGAUCCCACAGGACGAUCCCCUCGUGCUCUACAUCUAUGCAGCCCCCCAGGACGUCCGAGCCCACACCUCCAUCCCCCUGCUGGGCUACCAGGUGCGGGACAUGCCCCAGAGCGAGUCCCGGCACCUCUUCCAGCUGGUGCAGUCCCGGCAGGUGUUCACCUUCGUGGCUGACACUGAGGAGCUGAAACAACGUUGGAUGAAGGCCAUGGCCCGCUCUGCUGCAGGGAUCACACACCCAGAGGAGGAGGAGGAGGAGGAGGAUGCAGACCCCUGUGAUGAAGCAGAAUGA